AUGGCCAAUACUGCGGACGUGAUCGUCUUGUCGUCCUCCCCGAAUCGACCGCGUUCUCCAGCUCGAAUCGCUCCGGAUCAAGCGCGGGAAUCUAUUGCAUUGCUUCGAAGUACAACGCCCCCGCCUCCGCCCGCCACCAAGGCCAAACCUGUCAAACCUCCGACGCGUUCACGAUUUUUUGCCACCGAAGGUGGUGCAGAUACACAUGCCGAAAGCACCAAGCAAUCGAACAAGCGGGUGACCAAGAAUGCCAUAGCUUCAAUCGGCCAGGAUGAGGGUACCGCAAGCAAACCACAGCAGAAAGCCAAGCGCAGCACAAAGAAGCCAGCGUCAACCGAGCCCGGAGAUUCCCAGGCGGAGGAUGCUAACACAGAAGCAAACGCGCCGAAACAGACCAAAGGCCGUCCUAGAAAGACAACCAAGAAUAAAGCUUCAGCAAAUAUGACAUUGGCUGGUAAAGUCACGAAGACCAGCGGAGAUCUCCCACCCAAAACCGCGACCAAGCGUACGAGGAAAACGACCAAAACGGAUUCUCAGACACUAGACGAGGAGAAAGAAAGACCUGCUUUGGAAGAAUCGAAUGCCUUGGGGAAGGAUGAAGUGUUGCAUUUGGAUGAGGCUCUGCGAAGAAGGCUUGAUUGGACACCACCAAGGGAGACUCUUUGUGAUGGCCUCACGUCUGCAUCUGACGGUAAAAGUCAAGAUGAAGGCAUUGCUGGUUCGAAUGUCACACUCGGGUUCGGCAACUUGCUGUCCGAUUACAAUUAUUCUGGAAAUGCUCUAAAUCCUCGUGACCUUAUCCAGAAUUCGAUCAGCGAAGCGCCAACAAAACGUCGACGUAUAGAUCUAGUAGAUCCUUUGGUCCAGUCACUCCUCAAUGGGAAGCCUGAUUCGCUUGAGCAGACGCCCCCGCACGGUCAUGGUGUGGCCGGGAAGACCAAAAAGACAGCCAACAAUAAACCUAAAAAGUUUACCACGUUGACGGCGCGAAUGACUGCACAAUACGCAAUCAAUGAUGGGGAUGAGGAUGAGGCACCAGUCGAGUGGGCACCAGAGAUCAAAGCCACGAAAGGCAAACGAUCAAAGGCCAAAGAAGCAGCCGAAGACUCCCGUUUCACCAUUCUGUCACCUGAGGCCGCAGUUGAAUUCGUGAACGAUCAAGAUCUUGUGUUCGGCACCUGCAGUCAGCUGGAAAGAGAGGACUCGCCGGAGACGCUGCAAGAAAUGCAACAGGCAAUCCGCGCUUCAGAAACUUUGGCAUACUCCGAGGGAAUCAGCAAUCCUAACGAGAGUUCAGCUGCGGAUGCCAUGCAAACACCAUCUGCCCGUUCUGUCUCGAAAUUGACGGGCAGCCGCAACUUGUGGUGUGUUGCGUCCAGGGAUACCGAGGGAUCUUUGAUUCAAUCAACAGCACAAAAUGUGAUUGACUUGACACAUCAGAUCGAAUCCCCACUAAAUGGUCCAGAAAACGUGAAGCAAGCAUUGCAUAAAACUCUUCCAGACAAUUGGUAUGAGCAAACGUUUACGGAUAUCGAUUUCACGCCAGAGAAAAAAGGAUUGUCGGCGACAAUGAGUGAAGGCGGGUCGACUUCUACCAAAUCGACUUCUACCAAAUCGACUUCUACCAAAGAGUCACAGGCCUCGCUCUCAUCACACCCUCCAGCACCAGCGCCAGCGCCAGCAGGUGACGGGAAGAGCAAAGCUACGAAGUCCACGACGAAGGCUGGUAGUAAUCCGGCUAAUACGGUCAAAGACCAGGCAGCUGGCCAAGAGGCGCCCCCAAUGCCACAAUAUAACGGAUUCACAGACACUGAGUUGUCGAAGCAGGUGGCUACCUUUGGGUUCAAGGCAGUUAGGGGCCGCAAGAAAAUGAUUGAGCUUCUACAGCAAUGCUGGGAGUCGAAGCACGGGAACAACACUUCCGGAUGUGAAAACAUCGAUCAAACCGGGGAAGGGAAGGCCCCGAUACCUCAAAUACCCGACAUCUCAAAAUCAACAUCUGUUCCAAAGCCCAAUACAAAAGCAAAAAACCAUGCAACUACCGCAGUUGCCGACAAAUCGCCAAGGACCAAAAAGACGGUGCCUCAGUCACGGACAAGCACCCAGCCAAGUCCCAAAAAAGAUUCACGGGUUCAAAUAAAGCCCAACUCAUUCAUUGACAUUGAAGAGAUUCAAGACUCGGAAGAAGAAAUUACCCCGUCUCCAAGUCGAGUACAAAAGUAUCACAACGAUAUUACUUCAAGAAACCAGGCAGGCAACGGAGCCGCCAAAUACUCUUUAGACGUCCUCACAAAAACUCCACCACAAAGCCCAACAAAGCGCAAGGUUGUCUCAUCGAAGACAUCGAUCACGAAGAAAUCAUCUUCUGCAUCUUCUACGUCCACGACAGUAUCUCGCACGAGUAAAUCAUUGGAGCGUGUCUGUCUGGCAGAUAUUUCUACGAAAAUCACAAAGGCUGUUCGCACCCAGCCUCGGUCGUCAUCUCUUGGUAGCCGCAUGCACCCCACAUGGCAUGAGAAGAUACUCAUGUAUGAUCCUAUCGUGCUGGAAGAUUUCACAGCAUGGCUCAAUACCGAAGGACUUGGACUCGUUGGCGAGGAUCUUGAGAUUGGGACAUCAUCUGUUAGGGAGUGGUGUGAAAGCAAAGGAAUUUGCUGUUGUUGGAAGAAAAAUGCAAGCUGGUGA